ACCAACCACCACACCAAAUGGCGACAAGAAAGCACAACGACUUCCUCGAUGUAGAGGACGGCGAAGAGGACGGGAGCCAGGGUUAUAACUCCGAAGACGAUAAUCUUAGAAAGGGCGGCAGGAGUCCAAAGCGGAGGAAAGUCGAGAGCCUUGCCAGCGAUGCUGAGGAUGCAGAAUUCAGCGAUGACGAGCCAGAGGAACAGAAGGAGAAGCCGAAGACCAGAGAAAGCGGGAAGGAAAAGCAUACAAAGCCACGAAGCGCUGCAGAUCUGCCCGGUAUCUCUAAGCCUCUCACGAAGAAGAAUCUGGUUGCGACGGCUGCUGCAAUCAAACGAUCCGGCGUGGUCUACUUGUCCCGAAUUCCUCCAUUCAUGAAACCUACGAAACUACGCUCUCUCUUGGAACCAUACGGUGAGAUAAAUCGCAUAUUCAUGACGCCUGAAGACCCUGCAUCGCAUACCCGUCGAGUUCGCAGUGGAGGGAACAAGAAGCGGUCCUUUGUGGAUGGCUGGGUCGAAUUUGUCAAUAAGGCCGACGCGAAGCAAGCUUGUGAGCUGCUGAAUGCGAGGACAAUUGGUGGAAAGAAGGGCACUUAUUAUCAUGACGACGUCUGGAAUCUGCUCUAUUUGAAGGGCUUCAAGUGGAACAAUUUGACGGAGCAGAUUGCGGCAGAGAACGCAGAGCGAGCAAGCAGAAUGAGAGCGGAGAUCAGCAAGACUACGAAGGAAAAUAAGGAAUUCGUACAGAAUGUGGAGCGGGCGAAGAUGCUGGAAGGGAUGGAGGCUAAGACGGCCGCGAAGAGAAGAAAAGAGGCAGAAGCGGGCAGCAGUGAGCCCGUUCACAAAGAGACGAAGAAGGGCGGAGAACGGGCAAGGCAUUUCAAGCAGACGCCAGUUGCUUUAAAGAGACGACCCGAGGAUCAACCAGAACAGGUCAAGAGGGUCUUGAGUAAAAUCUUCUAGGUACAGCAAUUCAGACUUGAUAGCUACAGCCCUUGGUCUGCAAUGGAAGACAU